AUGCUAGGAAUGGCAUCGUGGUAUCGAUUCCAAAGGAGUGGAUCUGAUCUGCCAGAGCAUCGUGACGAAUGGAAGGCUUGGAGUACAGAUUUGUUGAAGCUGGUCGAAUCAAAUGUUGUGGAAAUUAUGGAUCAGCCUUCAAUCACAGCCAUCCAAACUUGUAUUCUACUUGGAUCGCAUCAUGUCUACCACGGUCGUCCAAACCUCUCUUUCUCAUUAUUGGGAGCGACAAUCAAAAUGUCCCAGUCUUUAGGGCUGCACCGGCAACCCUCACGAGGAACCCUGGAAGAUAUUGAGGAAAGGAAACGGAUUUGGUGGACAAUAUAUACGUGGGACAGAUUCGCAUCAGUUACCUAUGGCCGGCCAUUGGGGAUCAAUGACGAAGAUUGCGAUGUUACUAUGCCGGCAGACGUGCUAGAAAACCCGACCUUUGUCACGCCCACAUCGGAUCAGGGCAGCUACGUACUAUAUUCUUCAUACCAGCGGGAGCUGAACCGACUCUACUUGAUUGCAUCUCCAGCCCUCAAGGCUAUUUUCGGCUCACGCACAUUGGAGUUUUCCGAUCAACCGGCGCGAGAUACGUAUUAUGAAUUGGCUAAGAAUGCGACACAGAACCUCCAAAGCUGGUAUGAACGUUUACCCAGCCACUUGUCCUUGGAUCUGGAGCAAGACUUCCAUGCCGAUGGAAAACUAAGAUCGAGGGCAUAUGCGUUACAGUCUUUGUCAUUACAGCUGACCUAUGACAAUGUGCUCAUUGUACUUCAUCGACCUUUAUUGAACAGGCAGGUUGACUUUCUGUCUAUGAAUAACGAACGAGCAGCUUUCGGCGCUGAGGGCGACAAUGUUGUAGAUCAUUCGAGCAGCACUGCUUUCGUCAACCGGUCAAUCCUUGAUGCUCUGCCCUCCAACGCCCAGGCCUACAGUUCAGAAUUGUGGAUGAAUGCUGCAGUGAGAACAUCAAAGGUAACGGAAUUGCCAGUUCUUGCCCAGCUCGCCACAGACAGCCACCUUGUCGCCUUUCUCGCUAUCAAUUUAUUUAAUGCUGCGGUCGUUCUUGCUGUGAUGGCUCUUUCAGAGCCUCUUUCCGACACCGCACAGGAAAUCAAGCGAACAAUUACUCGUAUCCUUCGCCUGCAAGACCUGCUUGGCAAGCGCUCUGCACUAUCGAAGCAAAGCACAGCCAUUCUCAAAAACGUCAUCAUUCUUCUUCUCCGCCGUGAAUCCACAACCAUAUUUGCUCCACUGUUCGGUACAAGUCAACGAACACAGGCCCAAUCUCAACAAACUCCGGCAGAAAUUCCUCUGAUGUCUGUGGAAGACACGCUCCGGCUGCCACUCGAUGCCACGCUGGACUCUCCUCAUCUUUUCGGCAGGGACCAAACUCGGCCAGGUCUAAGCAGAGCUCAUCGUCUUAACCAAAGUUUAACAUCUGUCCAACAUGUUCUAGGUACAGGUAAUGACGGACCAUCGAGCAUACCGACAGGCACAGAGAGCCCUGCACGUCGUGUAUACUCUGACCAAGAAAUGCUGCCACGUGGGAAUUGGCAAUUUCCCGCAGAGUAUGAUUGGAAUAUAUUUGGUGGCUCUCAGGAGCUUGCACAAGAUAGCCACAUGGACAAUAUCGACGGCGGACUAUGCUGGUUAUGGGAUAUGACGUGGAAUGGGUCUGACAGGUAG